AUGAGCUUCUCGCUCGUUAAUUCCACAUUUACGGAAGCCCAAUUUGGGUUGAAGUUGCUUUCAGAUCUAACUGAAAGUCAGCUAGCUCCAUGUGUAUUCUCUCCAGUUUCAAUUUUAUUAUCGCUAGCUUUGGUGCAUCUUGGAGCCAAGGGUCAUACGCGAAAUGACAUUCGAAAUUCUGUAGUGAAUGGAAGCACUGAUGAGCAAUUCAUUGAGCAUUUUGCGUUUGUUAACAAACUUUUGAACAACACGGUGAAUGAUGUGGAGACACUCAUUGCUAAUCGUCUUUUUGUCGCACCCGAACAAGCCAUCCGCAAAGACUUCACCGACCAACUCCAAGAACACUACAAUGCCAAAACAUCCACAGUUGACUUCAAAAAGUCCGACGAUGCGGCAAAAAUUAUCAAUGGUUUCAUAUCAGAAGCAACUAAAGACAAAAUCAUUGACAUGGUGAAACCGGAUAAUUUGAAGGAUGUGGACGCCAUGCUGGUCAACGCUAUAUUUUUCCAAGGAGACUGGCGCAAGAGAUUUUCGGAGCCUUCAGAAUCGAAUUUCAGUGUUUCCGACACGGAAAAUCGUCUGGUUCCUAUGCUUCGUGAGCUCAGGGAUAACUAUUUUUAUAAUAAGGAUGACGAAUGGGAGGUCAUUGGAAUUCCAUUCAAAGACAAAUCCGCCUGGUUUGCCAUUUUUCUCCCUAUUCGUAGAUUUGGGCUUUCGAACAAUCUGAAAACCCUCAACGCUGCUAAAUUCCACAAUCUCAUCAACAAUGUCUACCAAGAAUACAUUUUUCUGACUUUCCCAAAGUUCAAACUGGAUUAUCAGAUCAGUUUGAAUCAGGCUCUUGGAAAAUUUGGCCUUUCUGAGAUAUUCACGGAACGAGCUGACUUGUCUGGAAUUGGUCCAGGGCUUCAGUUGGCGUCAGCAACACAUAAGGCUCUUAUUGAGGUAGAUCAAGUAGGCACUCGCGCCGCUGGCGUCACCGAAGCCAAAAUCUAUUUCACGUCUGGACGAAGCGGUGACCCUCUGAGUAUUCGUGCUGACCAUCCGUUCCUCUUCUCAAUCAUCAAAGACAAUUCGCCGCUUUUCAUGGGCAUCUAUACUUGA